AUGUCACAAUUUAUCAAAAAAAAUCCAUUAUAUAAUAAUAAUGAUCAUGAUCAUGAUCAUGAAGAUAUUAUUGAUGUCAUUAGUUCCAAUUCCAAGACACAAAGUCCCAAGAUUGAAGAAUUAGAAAGAAUUGAUGAUUAUAAUAGUGAAUAUAAUAAUAAUGGUGGAUUGAGUGCUUUAACUGAUAAAAAUUUUACAAUUAAUAAAUUAAAUAAUAAUUAUCAAAAUUAUACUUCAAUUUCUGAUCAAAUUUUCCAAAAUUAUACUUUCUUACCAAAAGGUUAUAAAUCUAAAAAGAAAGGUAAAGAAAUUGAAGAUCUUGAUAAUGAUAAUGACAAUGAUGGUGAUGACAAUGAUGAUGUUGAUCAAACACAUCAAGAUCAAAUUCAAAGUGCAGAUUUUGAAACUGCAAAAACUGGAACUUUUAAAAGUGCUUUAGAUAUAUAUAACCCACAAUCAACAACUUCAAUGAUUUCAAAAGAUUUUGCAAAUGCAAAAGAAUUAACUUCAGAAGAAUUACCACCUCAAGAUACAAUGAAUUCUCAAGCUUUGAUUCCAAUCACACCACCUUUACAAACAUUACCAAAUGAUCAAUUAUCACCACUGCCAAAUGAUUUACUGAAUUCGCCACUGGUUAAUAUAACAACAAUGGCAAGAUUAGUUAAAUUUUUAAGAUAUAUCAUUGGUAAACCUGAUCAAAGACAACCUUUACCUGAUCCUGAAAGACAACCUUUAAUUUCUCCAAUUGGUUCCCCUAUAAAUUCACCAAAUCGUGGAUUUUAUAAUGGUCCUGGAAAUGGUCCUGGUGGUCCUGCUUAUGAUUUAAUUGGUAGAUAUAGACAAAUUUUUGUUGGAUUAAGUCUGUUACUGACAUUAGUACUGUUGAUUAUUUUAUUAGUCACUGGUGAUUCUCAAUUAUUAGCUUUAAUUUUUAGAGCUCUGUUAUGUUAUUUAUUAGGUGAUAAUGCUCAAAGAUUACUUGGUGAAGAUUUUUGUCCUCAUUAUGGUUGGUUUUGGCCAUGGACUGCUUGA